AAAUUAAGGUUUCUAUAGCUUCAUUGCAUUGUUAUUUUAUUACUUCCUCUGUGGUUGACUUUAGACUCCUUCCCCUACACACAUAUAUAUAUACACCUACAUACAUACUAUACAUAUCAUUGUCAAGAUCAUCUUAUUAACUUUAAGUUAGGGUUUAGAGAUUAAUUACUUUGCAAAUUCUUGAGUUCAACUAGGACCAUCGGUAGUAAUAUUGUUCUUGUCGUAUUGUUUCUCUUGCCGUCGUCGUAUAUAAUAUGUCUUCUCAGCCGAAUCAUCAGACUUCUAUAUCAAGUUUACUCCAUGAUCGUUUGCAUAUCCCUGCAGAAACAAUCAUUGAGAAGGAGUCCGCAGAGAAGGACACUUGUCAAUCACAAAGAAAAAGGAAGGAACCAGUUUUGCAUGAGGUUGAUGGAGGCUCCUCAAGUGGUUCAGCAGCAGCAAAGAAACUAGACCAUAACGCCAAGGAGCGUCUUAGGAGGAUGAGACUUCAUGCCUCUUACCUCACUCUCGGCACUCUUCUUCCUGAUCACUCUUCUUCCUCUAAGAAGAAAUGGUCUGCACCGUCUAUAAUCGAUAAUGCAAUAACUUACAUUCCCAAGCUGCAAAAUGAAGUUGGAGAGCUAACUCUAAGAAAGGACAAGCUCGUGGAGUUGGAGAGACGAGGUCCUUCCAUUCGAGCAAUCUCGGUUCUUGAGUUGGGAGAAUCAGGUUAUGAGGCUGUUGUACAGAUAUGUUUGAAGAAGGAAAACGAAGACGAGUUCUCGAACCUCCUUCAUGUAAUGGAAGUGCAAGGUUUGAGCAUUUUAAGUGCUUCUACUUCUCUAGUUUGCCGAGAGCAAAGGGUGGUUUGUUACAACUUUCAUGUCAAGAUGGAUGAAAAGCCAUGUGAAGGUGAUGACUACAUCAAAUUGUUAAAGAACAACAUCAUUUCUUCGCUCCGUGACAACACAAAAUGCAAAUGAAAUAUAAUGAGGUAAUAGAAUCAAUGGAAUAUCUUUGUGCUUUAGAUCAUGUGUUGGUUCUUGUGUUUGAAAUCUCACAUCAACCAUAUUUAGAAUUUAGAAGUUAUUUUUAUCUCCCUAUGCUAAAAGAACCUUUUUACUAUGCCUCAAGAUCACAGAGUUUGGAUAUGCUCUGGUCUCUCUCGGAUCCUAGAAAAAUAUGGACCAAAGGGCAUAUAACUUCUUGUAAUCUUCAAAAAAGAUUAUGUGAUAAUAGAAACCCAAUUUGAUUAUUUUUA